AUGGAAUACUACCAGCAAGAAGGGAUCUUAAUCUUCAAGCAGCUGGUGCCUGGGCAGCACAUGGGUUUUGAAUAUAGGCGCUCUGGAAAUCCCAUCAAAAGCCUCGAAAAGGCUGUAGCUGCCUCGGAUGGUGCCAAAUGCAGCUUGGCUUUUGCCUCAGGAUUAGCAGCCACUGUAAACAUCACUCAUCUCUUAAAGGCAGGAGACCAAAUUAUUUGCAUGGAUGAUGUAUACGGAGGAACAAACAGAUACUUCAGGAGGAUGGCGGUGGAAAUGGGUUUGAAGCUUUCUUUUGUUGACUGUUCUAAACUGAAUUUGCUUGAAGCUGCUAUCAGACCAGAAACAAAGCUGGUUUGGAUUGAAACCCCCACCAACCCCAACUUGAAAGUCAUUGAUAUCGAAGCCUGUGCACAGAUUGUCCGUAAACAUGGAGACAUUAUUUUAGUUGCGGAUAGCACUUUCAUGUCGGCCUAUUUCCAGCGCCCCUUGGCUUUGGGAGCGGAUAUUUGUAUGUACUCAGCUACGAAGUAUAUGAACGGCCACAGUGAUGUUGUCAUGGGUUUGGUUUCUGUUAAUUCAGAGGACCUCUAUCAAAGGCUCCAGUUUUUGCAAAAUUCUCUUGGAGCAGUGCCAUCUCCAUUCUACUAUUAUCUCUGCAAUCGUGGUCUGAAGACAUUGCAAAUCCGGAUGAAGCAAUAUUUUCAGAAUGGACUGGCAGUUGCUAAGUAUCUUGAAUCAGAUCCCCGGGUGGAAAAAGUCAUUUUCCCUGGGCUGCCUUCUCAUCCUCAGCAUGAAUUGGUUAAAAGCCAGUGCACGGGCUGCCCUGAGAUGAUCACCUUUUAUAUUAAGGGCAACCUUCAGCAUGCUGAGACUUUUCUCAAGAACUUGAAGCUUUUCUCACUGGCUGAGAGCCUCGGGGGAUAUGAAAGUCUUGCUGAGCUUCUGGCAAUCAUGACUCAUGCCUCCGUUCCCAAAGAGGACAGAGAUGCCCUAAGAACCAGUGAGAUGCUCAUCCGCCUGUCUGUGGGCUUGGAAGAUACUGAAGAUUUACCGGAAGAUCUAGAUCAAGCCUUGAAGGCAGUGCACCCUCAGUAUACUAGUCGGAACUAGGAUUUGGGAACCUGUAAUUUAAAGCUGAUUCCUUCAAAGCUCAAAUGUCCAGAAGAUUGUUGUUUGAGAAGACCCGGAAUGAGCAUCGAAGGAUUUGCACUCAAGAUAUAAAACGGUUCUGUUCACUCUCAGACCCCUCACUACCUUUCAUGUCUCUAAUCUUUAAUGACUCAAAUUCACUGUUCAAAAUUCUUAUUUACCUGGUAUUAUGGAUUUUCAGAUCAACUGU